GCUCAUUUGGUAUCAAAGUAUCCAAACCUAUCUAAUUAACCAUGAAAGUGAUCAUUGUCGCCCUCGCCCUUGUGGCUGUUGUCGCUGCUCAUCCCGUCGCAGAAACUGAACCAAUUAAAAUUCUUCGAUCACAAUUUGAUGCCAAUCCUGAAGGUGGCUACGUUUUCGAUUUCGAAACAGAAAAUGGCAUCAAACGCUCUGAGCAGGGCGAAGUAAGGGAAGCUCUUGACGAGGAAAACAAGCCUCACCCUGUCGUAGUAGUCCGUGGAUCUUACUCAUACGUCGAUGUAAACGGUAACCCCGAGACCAUUACCUACUAUGCUGACGAGACCGGCUACCAUCCUGAGGGAGCCUCCAUCCCCAAGGUCCCAUCCCCAUCCAGGAGAUAAACAAUGAUUAACAUCGCUGACACCAAGGAAUUCAAUGUGUAAUUGAUUAACUAUAACCAUUCUUAAUCAAUUAUUCAUGGAAAAAUACAAGGAUUUUUCGUCUUAAAAAUCAAUAUCGC